CCAAGAAAGCCCAGUCGUUUAGUGUUGGUGCUGGACAGAACACCUCAGAGAGGGCAGUUACGAACCGGACGAGCUAAUCAGUAGUUCUCAUUUCCAACUGCGGAAGGGAGAAAGAUCGCCUUCACUGUAAAACAUCAAUACCCAGAUGAAGAGGGCGGUGCUGGCCCUGGCGCUGGCGCUGAUGGGCGUGGCGUGGGGGGAGUUGGCUCCACCCGAGAGAUCCUACAAUAUCCUGAUGCUGUUGCCAGUAUCCUCGAAGAGUCACAGGAAUGUCUUUUUGCCGGUUGCUGAGGGGUUGGCAGACCGAGGACACAAGGUUGUGCUCCUGGCCAACCACCCUCCGGUGUCAAAGCAUCCAAACAUUGAAGAAAUCGACCAUGACUUGCCAGAUUUCAAAACAGAAUCCAUGGAUUUAUUUGCAACAAGAAAUGACCCGGCUGGCGUUUUCUCCCUGUUCCAAAAUGCUCUUCCCAUCAUCGCCAGGAAGCUGUACAAAGUCCCUAAAGUUAAAGAGCUCUAUGACAGAAGAAAGGAAUUUGACAUUGUAAUUAUUGAUCACAUGUUUAAUGAGGUUGUGUAUCCCUUCGCCCACGAGAUGCCCUUCAUCACUAUAGCGACGCCCGGGAUGGAUGCUCGCCAAAGUGCUGUCUACGGCAACGUCCUGAACCCGGCUUAUGCUCCCAGUUUGAUGAAGACUUUUCCCCUCCCCAUGAGCAUGCUACAUCGCAUUCUCAAUACGAUUGAACACAUCAGGUCUGCUGUCAAUUGGCGGUACUUGGAUGUCCUUCCCUUCGUACAGAAGGAGAUCUCGGCCCAGUUCCCGGAUCUUCCACCGCUGCUGGAUAUCGAACGCAACCAGAGCCUUACCUUGAUGAACUCCCACUUCACGGUGACUGGUGUUCUGCCUCUGCUGCCGUCCCAGGUGGAAGUGGGGGCCAUGCACUGUCGCCCUGGCAAGCCCCUUCCUAAGGAUUUAGAGUCCUGGAUCAGCGGCGCAGGAUCAGAGGGAGUCGUGUACUUCAGUCUCGGCUCCGUGGCUCAAGGUCAGUCGAUGCCCAAGAAAUACCGAGAUAUGUUCGUGGAGGCCUUCAAGCAGCUCAAACAGCGAGUCAUCUGGAAGUACGAGGUGGCGCUGGAGGGCGUCUCUGACAACGUGCUGAUGCGGAAGUGGCUGCCGCAGCAGGAUAUUCUCGCUCAUCCAAACGUCCGGGUCUUCAUCACCCACGGAGGACUCCUCAGCACUCAGGAGUCCUUCUACCACUCCACGCCAGUCCUCGCGGUCCCCAUCUUUGGCGAUCAGCCCAAGAAUGGCAUGGAUAUACAGGCCAGUGGACUCGGUCUGAUGCUGGUGUGGGAGGAGCUGACGGUCGAGCUCAUCGUGAACAGUCUCCAGGAACUCGUCAAUAACCCCAAGUACAAAGCCACAGCCGACGAGGUUCAGAGUUCCCUCCGCGACCAGCCUCAGAGCCCGAAGGAUCGCGCGGUGUUCUGGACCGAGUACGUGAUCCGGCACAAGGGCGCCCCCCGGCUGCGGUCUCCGGCGGCGCAGCUGUCGUGGGUCGAGUUCCUCAUGCUGGACGUGCUGCUGGUGUUCCACUUCGCCGUGUUCGUGGCGGUGUACGUGGUCCGCCGCCUUCUGGGGGCCGUCUGCUCGCGGGUCAUCGGGUCCCGGAGCACAGGCAAAAAGAAGAAGAGGGAGUAAGAGUUUGCUCAU